UCCUCAUAUUACCUCAAGAGCUAUACAACUAACCACAGAGAAAAAAUUCAGGAGCUGGAAACUUCACUAUGUGAAGCUAACGAAAGUGCUAUGCAUAAGGAAGACAAGAUUAUAAAGAUGCAGAAGGAACUUGAGGUGACUAAUGACACAAUAGCAAAACUUCAAGCCAAAGUUAAUGAAUCAAAUAGAUGUCUUGGAAAAAUAAAAGAAACAAUCCAAGUACUUCAGGACAAAGUUGCUUUAGGAUCGAAGCCCUAUAAAGCAGAAAUUGAAGAUCUGAAAACGAAGCUGGUGAAAAUAGACUUAGAGAAAAUGAAAAAUGCCAAAGAAUUUGAAAAAGAAAUUACUUCCACAAAAGCCACAAUAGAACAUCAAACAGAAGUUAUAAGGCUACUGAGAGAAAAUCUUAGAAGAAUUCAACAGGCCCAAGAUACCUCAAUGGUAUCAGAACAUAUUGAUUCUCAGCCUUUAAAUAAACCCUUAACCUGUGGGGGUGGUAGCGGCAUUGUACAAAGCACAAAAGCUCUUAUUAUGAAAAGUGAAUAUGUAAGGCUACAAAAGGAAAUUUCUAAAUUAAAGCAGCAAAAUGAACAGCUAACAAAGCAAAUGAAUGAACUGCUAAGAUUUAACCAGUAAUCAUCGUCUUUCCAACGAGGUCGAAACUUGGAAGGAAAGAACCCUUAAAAGAGAGGCUCACGAAGUAGUUUGUGAGAAUUCUCCACAGUCUCCUAAGGUGACUGGGAACAGCUUCUGAAGAGACAGGUUACACCUUCUCAGUGUAAGGAAUGGAAUUUACAAGAUCCUGUGCCAAAGGAGUCACCAAAAUCUUGGUUUUUUGAUAGCUAAUCAAAGUCUCUACCAGCACCUCAUCCAAUUUUCUAUUUUGAUAACUCAAGUUUAGGCCUUUGUCCAGGUAGGUGAUAUUUCUCCAGGCACAGCACUGAAGUUCAAUCACUUUUACCCCAAGUAAAGUACUUAUUCUAUCGCUUAAACCUGCAGUUUUCUCCAAAGAUAGAAAGAGAGAGUCUAUUUUGCUGGGAAAGGAGGAAAUAGGGUAGAACUGCUUGUCUCAAAAUCCCAAAGUUCCUGAACAUAGGGCUAGGCAGAAAUACAGAGCUUUUAAAGGGAGGGUUCUCAGCUUUAGCAAUGAUUGUGGUUAAUUAUUUCAAUCAUCCCAACUCUGCCAAAAACAAAGCCUGUGAACUCUGCUGGCCACUCACCUGGGGGCUGGGGACCACUUGGGAGUUUUAAGAAAAGAUUUAACUUGCCUUGGGGAUAUAGGCCAGACUAUAAGUUCCGAAACCCGUGGGGAGGGGAGUUUUAAAAGGACAGAAAAUCUUUCUGUCCUUUUUUUUUUUUUUUUUUCCUUUUUUUCCCCCUAGGCCAUUACUUCUAUGACAUCGAGAAACUCAUGAUGUGAAAUAGUUUGUGCCUAGAAGAAACUUUUCGGUUGGCUACGUUAAGUAUGAAGCAUGUUUUAUAUGUUUCAAGGACAUUAUAAAAAAUUCAGCAGACUUGUCCACGAUCAUUAGGGAAAUGAAUGAUUUUCCUUUUAUAAAUGUUUAAAUACCACAAGCUGCACGAGGACUGUCAUUGACACCUAUCCACCAACAGAGGUUAUUUUCAUUGUCCCAGAGGCCCCACAGGAAUGAGGUGCUCACCAUAUUCACUAAGGAAUGUAUAUUCUCAAUUAAAUAAAAUUUCCCAGUCCCCAGUUACUGUAGUCAAGUCACUUAAAUCUGAUUGCUGAGUUUGCUCCCUUUCAGCCAAUGACCAAGGAAGCCCGAUUUUCUAAGAUCAAAGUGAAGGGCAGAAGGGGGAGCAGGAGUGACUGACUCCAUGACAGGCUGAAUCUCCUGACACAGCCCUAAGUUUCAGUU